AUGGAUUUCGCGGCGUUGAUGAAGAAGGAGCUUGGCAAGUCGCAGAAGCCAAGCGACAGCGGCUCGUCCAAAAAGUUUAUGAAGCGCUCUGAAAUCGAAGCCGAGCGCAAGGCAGCAUAUGCCGCCGAACAAAAAGCUCUUGAGGACGAACGCGAAGCGAAAGCGAUUGCGAAGCGCAAGCGAGAGGAAGAAGUCGCAGCGGAGAACGCCGCGCGAGAGGAGAAGCGCCGCAAGCUUGCGGAAGAGUCUCGAAAACGUCGCGAGGACGAGGAGUGGGCAGAGCAACAAGCGAGAAGGAAAAAGCUGGGUCUGGAGGAGUUGAAGAGGAAGACGGAAGACGACGAAGAGAACAACGUGGGCGAGGGAGUAGAGGAUAUCCCCGAAGAUGAGCUCCGAGAGAAGCUCAGAGCCCUUGGAGAGCCCGUCGCUCUGUUCGGAGAGAAACAUGUAGCAAGACUACGGCGGUACAGAAAACUUACCACCGUAAUUACAAAGGGCCCCAUUCCCACCACUUUGGAACUCGUGGAAGAGAAGGAUAUGAAGCUCGAUGGGACAGUACCGAAAGAUAAGAAGGGGAAACAAUGGGUGUUCCGCCAGCUUGCCAGUUACUUCACAAUGAUUCUCACGGCUUACGAACGCGCAAUGGAAGAAGAAAAGAGAGACACAACUGCAAGUAAAACUGCAUACACUGCCAUGGUACAGACACGAGAAAAUAUGGUACCUCUGUUCCGGAAGUUCGAAAGCGGCAAUCUUGAAGAUUCACUCUUGGAACCCAUCAUCGAAAUUGUCAAGGCGCUACAAGAACGACGAUAUGUCGAUGCCAAUGAUGGCUACCUACGCCUCAGUAUUGGCAAGGCUGCCUGGCCGAUUGGUGUUACCAUGGUUGGUAUCCACGAACGUAGCGCCCGAGAAAAGCUGCACAAUGGCGAGAAGGGGCAUGUUAUGGGCGAUGAAGUCACACGAAAAUAUCUUCAGAGCAUCAAACGCUGCCUCACCUUUGCACAGGUGAGGUGGCCACCAAGCGAUUUGAAGCAGUUAAUGGGAUAG